AUGACAAGCAAGCCAUACUGCCACUCUAUGACAAUAAACAAAGGUCGCCUUAAUCAAACCAUCCUUGAAACAGGGGAGCGGUUUGGUGGCGUUGGAAGAUGGGGAGAUAAAGCUCACGAAUUUGGAAUGAGAAGACUAGCUGGUACUAGCGUGGAUGGUGCCAUGAGGGACUGGUUUGUGAAAGAAUGUACCUCUUUGGGCUGUGAUAUUAAAGUUGAUCAGAUAGGCAACAUUUUUGCCACGUUUAGUGGACGAGAAAAGGGUAGUAAACCUACCGCUAUUGGAUCACAUCUGGACACGCAGCCUGAAGCCGGCAAGUACGACGGAAUAUUAGGUGUGCUCGCGGGUUUAGAGGUUUUGAGAACCUUCAAAGAAAAUGGAUUCAUUCCUAAUUACGACGUUUGUGUUGUUGUUUGGUUCAACGAAGAGGGAGCUCGUUUCACGCGCUACUGUAUGGGGUCUAGCGUCUGGGCGGGAACCUUGGACCUCGAAGAGGCCUAUGGUAUGCUGUCCGUCACGGAUGUGGAUGCGGAGUCUGUUCGUGACUCAUUAGUCAAUAUUGGUUACUUAGGUGAGGUGCCGGCAUCAUACCUCGAAAACCCAAUUGAUGCGCAUUUCGAGCUUCACAUCGAACAGGGACCAGUGUUGGAAGAUGAACAAAAGACAAUCGGUAUUGUCACUGGAGUCCAGGCCUGCUAUUGGGAAAAAUUCACUGUCUUUGGAAUUGGUGCCCAUGCCGGUUCGACGCCCUGGAGGUUGAGAAAAGAUGCCCUUAAGAUUGCCAUAAAAAUGAUUUCCAAAGCUGAAGAAAUUGCCCACAAAUUUGGAGGACUUUUCACUUGUGGUAUGAUCGACGUUAAGCCUUAUUCGGUUAACAUCAUACCCGCUGAGGCAUCCUUCACACUAGAUUAUAGACAUGACUUUGAUGAAACCCUAUUCGAAAUGCUGAAAGAGGCAAGAACCUUUUUCGAUGAGCUCGUUGAAAGCGAGAGUAUGUCUUACAAGUCCGAAGUCCUGGCUUACACCCCUGUUGUGAACUUCAAUCGCACUUGUGUGGAUUGCGUUACAAAAUCUGCUUUAUCUUUGUUUGAUGAGACAGUAGUCAGAAACAUACAAUCCGGUGCGGGCCACGAUUCUUGCCAAAUUUCUACACGAGUUCCUACUUCUAUGAUUUUCACCCCGUCGAAAGAUGGUCUGUCACACAAUUAUCUCGAGCAUACUUCUCCUGAAGAUGUUGAGAAUGGCUUCGAGGUUCUUUUAGAAACUGUGAUAAAGUAUGACAUGCUAAGGGCAGAAAAACAUAGUACUUGA